CUCAGCUUUUUUCAUAAAGGAUCACGAGAUAGAGAGCUCAUUGAACUUCGGUGGUAUUCUAAAGUUGAAAGUUUUUCCCUCCCUCAACUAAUUACGUAAAUCGAGCCUUGACUGCGAGGAAUUCAUUCGAUUGUGAGAGGAACAUUAGUCGAACACUUGAUCACUAGAGGCGAAUAGAGGCGUUUGAAAAAGCAACUUCGAGAAACUUUAGUGAUUUACUCCAUCUUUCCUUAGUGUUGAAAGAAUCAUGGCAGUUGGAAAGAAAUACCUCGAUGGCACAACAUUUGUUCAACUUGCUAUGGCGUUGUCUCUGAUGAGACCUGAGCUUCAAGGAUUUGUUGGUCAGAACACAACUCCGCCGAUGCCUGUGAACAUGGGAUACCCACAGAAUUUAACUGGUGUAGUCCCGUACAAUCAUGUUCCCAGCACUACUAACUUCAACUUCAACUUGGCACCUAAAGAAAGUAAUGUUCAACACCCCCUAAAUGAGUUUCUGGAUUGGCACACAAGUGGUAACAAUCAGUUUGACACAGAUGCAGUUGCCAUGCUUUUCAACGGGGAAACCCAUACCGCCCCAAGAGAAACGAGAGCUUCGUUUAGUACGGAGUUAGAGAGCGGUUAUAGCUCCGAUGGCGGUCGUUCGCCUUCAGCUAUUUCCUCUGUUGGUGGCUCACCACAACACGAAGCUAGUUAUACAAACACACAGGCCCCUGAAGCAGAUUACUUCGGUGCCGCUGGCUUCACUCCGACCGAAGAAGACCUUCUGAAGUCCAUCGACUUUCAACUCGAGGAUUAUAUCGAUCUCGACGCCAUCUACGAGGAACCACCUCAGAAAAAAGCAGCGUUUUUGCCAGAAGAACUACCUUACCCAAAGAUUAAAACCGAACCGUUGCCGAGCCCUGAUGAUUCUUACAGAAAGUUCCCCAACUCUCCGCAAGAGUUUCACUCGCCCUCCGAUCCCAACCGAAAGAAUCCCUUUGAAGAAACCUUCAACUUUGAGGAACAGUUCUUCAACGCUGACCCGUUCUCUAUUGAUUUUGCGCCAACAGAAGAAGAACUGCAAGAAGUGGGACCUAACACAGACCCUGUGUUUGACCUGGACUCGUUUGCAGUCAAUCUAGAUGAUCUUCCUCUCGACAUAUUCGACCCAAAACCAACGGGGCAACAAGCGAUCGAAAAUAAACAUGAUAGCCUGCUUCCCCUCGGUCAAGAACCGGUGCCAAUAUUUUCAGAGGCCACCGCAACGAGAAAUGAUAGCGGAUUUCCUUCAACUGAAUCCUUGCUUCCUCAAGCUACCAGAGACUGGCAGAGUCACUCUUUCCCACUCUUACCCGGUGCAAACAUCAAACAAGAGAAACCUGAGAUUGUAAGAGUUCCAAGUGUGCCAGUAAGCACAUCUACCAGGUUUACGCCUUCAACUGCUCCCAAGGAUUUUAAUGGGGCACGCCCAGCUAUAGCUGCAGCUGGGGCAUCACACUUUCCAGCAUCAGAAGAUGAAAUAGUUGACAUGAGUAUUAAUGAAUUUGGCAGCUUUUUGGAAACACUUUCAGAACCUGAGGCGCAGAAGGCCAGAGACAUACGUAGAAGAGGAAAGAACAAGGUUGCUGCACGCUUGUGUCGCAAAAGAAAGAUUGAUGUUGUCAGUGACAUAGAAGAUGAUAUUCAAAGUAUGAGAAAGAAAAAGGAGGAAAUUAUCAAGCAAAGGCAAAAACUCUUGGCUGAAAAUGCCUAUUACAAGAAGAAAGUCGAUGAACUACAGGAUCACCUGUUUCAAAGUUUAAGAGAUGAAAGUGGCCGUCCUCUUUCAUCAAAAGAAUAUACCAUCUUCCAAGGUGCUAAUGGUAGCAUCUAUGUAGGAAAAAAUAUAGACAGUGAAUCAAAGAAGAAACAAA